CGUCGUGAUCGGUUUGCGUUCGAUAAGAGCAGCGUGGGCUCGGUCGUGAGUUGAACUCCUUGGUGCAAGUUCUAACCGUUUCAGUUCUUCGAGGUAUUUGAUGGCGUUCGAGUCUCGGCCAGGUGGUUGUGUUCUAUGUGCGAAAGAUCGUCGCGCGUUUUUUUCCUACUUUUCUGUGGUUGAAGAGAUCUGCUGUGUUAAUCUCGACGAGCGAAUAAUCUGUGGUGUGGGGUUGAUCCGAUCAGUGAGAGUGUGGAUCACUUGUGCCAAUGUCUAUAUUGCCGUUGUGGUGUGAGAAGGAUUGCAACUGAACGAAACGCUCCUGCCGUGAACGUGACCCUAGAUAAUGAAUGGCCUGAGAGCCCACCCACAAUUAGGAUGUUACCACUAAUAGACACGCCGUGGAAGAUCGCACUGGUGGUUUUCCUACUGGUGGCCACCUGCACGCAAGCCAACGUAGAUCGUACCGUCUCCGAAGCAUCACAAAAACCGCAUGUUCGGCACACACGUGCGCUUGGCUUCUUCCAGAAGAUCGCUACCAUGGGCCGACUAAUCUACCAGCAGUACAACGAUACCACCUGGACGCUGAAGAACGUUUACGACGUCCUGAGCAACGAGUUCACCGAUACGUUCACUACCACAACUCCCAAUCCCCUGACCUCCACCACAACACCCGGACCCACAUCGAGUACUACGGCCAAGUACCGGAUCUCCCGAGCCGAGUUGGGUCGAAUCCUGAACCGAAACUAUCGGGGACUUCAGAAACUGUUCCGGUUGGAGUGGAAUGAUGCGUGGAAUCAAACCAGAUACAAUGUUGACUUCUACAAACGAGAACUGCAGAAUUCCGCCUUCCCACCAAGGAACGCUACCAACGUAACUACCACGGCUAGACCUUGAAGGGGCGGCGGUAGCUGUGGAUCCGUUGACCCUGUUGUUCCCAGCGCAGGAUGAGACUAUUAGAAAUGUUAAGGGGAUUCCUCUGUGAUAGCAACAACAAAAAAAAAAACAAUUGUAUAUUGUCCUAUAUCAUUUAAGGUGUCAAAAUAGACGCGAUAAGUUAAGGAACCAAUUGCUCAGUUUACCGAAAAAGAAUAACGAUGAGUUUAUUACCACAAUUGACGAGAUUAACGGCUUAAAAGUGUUAAUCUUCUUGAUGGACUCAUCGUGUGUAUAUUGAUUAGGGUAAGCGUAUAAUUCGUGAACAAUGUGAGCUUUAUGUGCUUCUGUGUGAAUUUGUGUUUGUCUAUAAGAUGAGAGUGCCAAUAAAAUGAGUGAGUGGAAA